AUCAGCUGGGGUGCGAGGAGUUGUCGCGCGCCGGCUGGCUCAACACUGUGGCGAUCCAGUGCGCUCCGUAAAGUGUUGUCUGUAUAAUAGUGAAUAAACUACCUAUUAAAACGGUAACAUGGUGACAAACAAGGAAAGGGAAAUUAUUAUAGAUGCCAUACGGGUUUUGAGGUCUAGACGUGUCAGGCCAAGUGCUCGAAAGAUUGCCUGGUAUGUUAGGCGUGAGCACCUACUGUCGGAGUUGACGACGGAGGCGGUACUAGAUGAGCUAGUUGAGAGCGAGGAUGUGUUACGUGUGGAGUACAAGGGAGCAACUUCAUACCGUGUGGCAGCUUCAUGGUCCAAGGCUGCUCUUGUGCGCCGCCGGCCUACACGCACUAAGGUGAAUGUUAUGAACAGCGAGUCAACAUGCCGCGCCCUACGGAUGGCCGUCGAGUCCUGCGGACCCGGCGGGGCUAGCAAAGAACAAAUCGAGGAAAAGCUGCUAGUCUUUGGUCAAAACCGAUUGGUAGAAAAAUUGGAAGUAUUACUUCACCGUGAAAUUCGUGCGGGGACACUUCUACGUGUGGAAACCACCCACCGCACUGCCACUCUCAUCACCUACGUGGUGCCUGCCGAUGCCCCAGCACCGCCUCCCUCACCGCCUUCGCCUGCCCCUGACGAUUACUACGCUGAGGACACAGACGCCGCCGAGAUGAUGGAGGAAGUUGAAGACGAGACGCUGGCUCCAGUCAACUUUCUUGACAUUAAACAAGAAAUAUUGGAUGAGUCGUUGAUACCUUCCCCAUCAUUAAGGGAACCUGCCCUCAAACGUGGGUUGGGUGGCCUGCGACGUGGGCGGCGCGGGCGGCCACCUCUAAAAAGCUAUGCCAUCCCUCCACCUUCGUCGUCCCGGGGCCGGGCCCCUUCACGACGCAACAAGAGAGCUAAGAAAGUGUUUGAUCCAAGCGAGGGAGGACUGGCAGUAGCUGGACGGAAGAGGACAGUAUACCGUUGUGACGUGUGCUUCCAAACUGUUAACCAACACAAUGUACAAGAGGACCUGUUAGUGUGCCACAGGUGCUCAGCCAGAGCCCAUCCAAGUUGCCUGGGAUAUAGUGCCGAGUUAGCUGUGCGUAGUCGCCUAGGACCAUGGACUUGCAUGGAUUGCAAACAUUGUGCCAUAUGCAACAUGGAUCACAAUAUAGGAACCUUGAUUUUCUGUGAUGAAUGUGACCGAGCCUAUCACCUGACCUGCCAUCAACCGCCCUUGAAUGAACAGCCUCAAGGAUCAUGGAUAUGCUUUGCUUGCUCUCCUCAGUCCUCACAAAGUCCAUAUGAUUGUUUGCCCGGCCUGCCAACCCCUCGAGAUUCCCCAGUACCUGAUGAUGAGAGCCGGGGUUCAAGUGCAUCAUGGGACAACAAUAUAUAUGAUCCAGAGAUCCCAAAUGUCACACACUGGACAGUGGAGCAGAUCAUGGAAUAUUUUGAUGACAAAGGCUUCAAAAUGGUCUCAGAAGUGUUCAGGGAUCAGGAUAUUGAUGGGACGGCAUUGCUCAUGCUGACACGUUCUGAUGUGUUGAUGGGUCUCAACUUGAAACUGGGUCCUGCUCUCAAAGUGUACAAACAAGUGCGAGUUCUCCAAACCAGGCUUACAAACCCUCCAUUGCCUUGAAAUUUUUAGUUCAUAGGCCUUUGAUGCACCCACAGACAGUACAUUCAUGAUGUACAUGUAAAAAGCUUUAACCACAGUAAAAAUAGGCACAUACAAUGUUUUAUGAAAAUUUUAAAAAAUUUAAUUUAUUGUUGUGGGUAAGGUUAAUUAUUUUAACAGUUUAGACAAAUUUAUUUCGCAUACACAAAUAUAUACAAGUUUGAUUAGGUUCUUGUGGAUGUUGAUAUAGUUGGGUGUACAAAUAGCCAUGUAAGGUAACUUUGCUGUGGUAACGUGUGAUCUCUGGUUUUAUUGAUUCUUUCAUUUCAGUUAUUACAUUAUUUAAGUACAGUAUCAUAUGUUUAUUUAGUGUCUUCUGACGAUAAAUAUAUUAUGCUAGCAUAUUUCUGUUUUACAAGAAAUUAAAUACUGUAAUUCCUUUACAGAACUAUAUACUGUAUUUGCAUAAUUAUAAGCCACACUUUUAGCGCCCUUCCACCCAAAAACAAAAUUAUAAAAGUUGGGAAACAGCUAAUAUAGGAUGCCAUGCUUGGAUUGGUUUGGUGUUGAAGUUCAGCAGACCAACAAAUCAACAUUAACCAGUGUACAAAACCUAUAAUGUUGUCAUGAAACAUUGGAUCAUUUACUGGUACAGGUAUUAACUUCAUAAAUAUUAUUCCUGUCUUUGAAAAUUUUUUAUUUAUUUAUUUAUUUAUUUAUUUUUUUUUUACGGGGAUUAGCCCACCCGGGCACAGGUCAAAUACAGUACAGUGUAGUCUCUCCUCGACGUAGGACAUAUUCGACUUACGACA